AUGCGCCCACCACGGAUCCGUAAAGAUCAUUGGACCCCCUUAGCAGUGGUAACUGGUUUCAAGAAUAAGUCAACCCCAAUGUCUGUUAGCAAUUUAAUCCAAGAUUAUAUUGCAAAACACCCCAGACCUCCAUUCCCUACUACCACGUCCAAGAGAGUACGUAAAAUCGAGGAACAAAAACAGAUCGAACCGACUUUGACGGCGUUGGGUUGGGCGAUGAAUGAAGCAAUGCAUAGACAUUACGAGAGUCGCGAAAAUAUCAUCAAGAUCUUUUGGGAACGUGAAUCAUUGAAAGAUAUUCCAAAGCUAAAAGCUGAUAUUGAUUGGCCAAACAACAUAGAGCAUUCACAAUUGAUAUUGGAAAGAGGACGAUUCGUGAAGAAUUUUGAACUGCAAAGGGAAGUACCAAGUGAAUUGCAAAUAGAGAAGGAAAAUAAGAGGUUGGAAGCAAAAGCCAAGAAGAGGCGAAUAUUAUACUAUGUUGAGAAAGCGAGACAAGAGCGGAUUGCACGUGGUGAAGAUGCGCCAAGGUUAUUGCGCAGUCGUGGGGGUGUAUAUGUUCCCUAUAAACCUCCUGUGCCUCGCAACUGGAUUGUCCAUUACGCGCACAAGGACAAGUAUGCCAAGGGGGCGUCUGCAUAUUACCCUGCGGGACAAGUUGCCCACCCGGAUUCACCUGCGACGGUGGAAUAUGCUGCAAGCUUUGUUGAUACUACUCCGUCGAUAGAGAACGUAGGGGUACCAGGGGUACCAAUAACAAAGGAUACUACAUACGGAAAGCUAGUGUUGGCGUUUGGAAUACUACUCUCAAUCGCCGUUGUCUUUGCAUUCGGAUUCUGGUAUCAUCGUCGCCGGCAGAGAAGACAUCGUUUCCUUCGUCUGAAAACGAACCUUGGAACAACCCCAAGAAAUUCUGUGGUAUCGACAAGUAGCGCGUUCACAGUACCAACGUCGUCUCGUGCAUUGGAGGAGAACAAUGAUUUCUUAGAUACAGAUAUAAUGUCGCAGGUUGAUAGGACUUCAUUUGUGGGUACGGAGAGUCACCCCCCGACUAGUGCUGGUGCUCCUGCUGUUACGACCGAUAGUGGGUCUGCAACACGGCAAGUUUCUGAACAGAGAGCCAGUGGAAUUGACGAGUUACGUGAUGAGACACAAUUAUCGUAA